AUAUUCAUAAAAAUACAAUAUUUCACCGACUUCUGCUUUGUCUAUAUUUAACAUUUUCACAGCUUAAUGUUCAACACACAUUCUCAACAACCAACCCAGAAAUAAACUUCUUCACGUUCUUCCCUUGCCUCUUCCUUCAUCACCAUUUUCAUUCUUCUCCUCAAGCAUUGAUUUGUUUUGUUGAAAAACUGUUCAUAUAAGUGCUAGGAGAUUUAUAGGCAACAUUUUCGACAUGGGCAAGUGGCAAGCUGACCAAGUCAAUCAACUGAGAGACAUUUUUGCAAGAUUUGACAUGGAUUCGGACGGCAGCCUGACGAUUCUGGAGCUGGCUGCAUUGUUAAGGUCCUUAGGAUUGAAGCCUUCAGGUGACCAGCUUCAUGUUUUGUUAGCCAACAUGGAUUCCAAUGGCAAUGGCUCUGUAGAAUUUGAUGAACUGGUGAAUGCAAUAUUGCCUGAUAUGAAUGCAACAUUGUUGGUGAGUCCGGAUAAGCUUUUGGAGGUUUUUCGUGCCUUCGAUCGGGAUGGAAAUGGGUAUAUUACAGCAGCCGAACUUGCAGGGUCCAUGGCUAAGAUAGGACAGCCUUUGACUUAUAAAGAGCUUACAGAAAUGAUCAAAGAGGCUGAUACAAAUGGUGAUGGUGUCAUUAGCUUCAAUGAAUUUUCUGCUGUUAUGGCCAAAUCUACUUGCGAUGUCUUAGGCAUUGCAUUUUCAUGACAAAAAAUUCGAUGGGAAAUUGUAUCUGUAUGUAUUAGUAUGAUCAUUCUUAUCAUUAUCCAUCACUAAU